UGGCGAGAAAUCGUAUCACCACCGCCUCUCUCUCUCCGCGCCCCUCUCUCUAUACACGCACACAUUGCACACAUAUUCCAUCAAAACCCUCUCAAUCGACCCCCCAAUCCAAUCGAUUUCAUCUCCCCGGUUAUGAUUUUGUAAUUUGAGAAAUUUUGAAAUCAAACAUGCCUCUUUUGAAAAGAAAGCCAUUUUGUUUAAUUGAGAAGCCUGAGGAAUUAAACCCUAAUGAGCUUGUCUUUCAAAUCCGAUUCACAAAGGAGAUCUUCAGGAGUUAUAAUGAAUAUUUGAAGAGGAUCAACUUAUAUCGGAAAAGUGUCUGGACAUGCGAAGUCACAGGGAAGGGCAAUUUUACCUAUGAAGAGGCCUUGGCAUCGGAAGAAAAAGCUUUUAAAAAGACACAAAAGAUUCCUACCAAAUAUGUAGCUCCGGUUCUUCAUGAUAUCCAAUUCAGUAUGCUGAACUUAAAGGAUCUGGUCAAUUCAAUAGCUUCAAAGUUUCAAGGGCCCCUUAAUGAGGGUGAUGAAGUAUAUGGAAAAAAAGAUGGUCGUUUACAUCCUUGCAAAAUCAUAGAAGUGGUUGAGGUUGCUGACAGAAAACAAUAUGAAGUUGAGUGGCUGGGAGAUGACCAAAAAAUGAGUGGAAAUGCAUCACUAAAUGGUGAUGAAUUGAAAGUCAAGAUUCCACCAUUUAGUAAAUGUGCUCUGAAGUCUUUCAUCAAAGACUCAACUUACCGAAGUAUUCCUUGGGUUUUACAUAACCAUUUGUCAAAGAAGUAUGGGAUCUCAACCACCCCUCCUGAAGACAUGAAAAGUAAUAUUUCACUACAAAAUGGACUUGUUGUUUGUAGUAGUAGGAAGAGGAAGAGAAGUGCCAAGGUGGCAAGUGAAAAGGGGAUUAUAGUGUAUGUGCGGAGGAAUAAGCUUUCAUCUUUGUUGACUGGAAAAAGUGCUGAUGGAGUCAAUGAGCAUUCAGAGGAUCAGUCCAUUAAGUAUCCAGUUGAUGACUUGCUGGUGCAACCUACUGUAGAAGAUCGACUUCUGACAGAAAGGCCUUCCCCAUGCAGGGAUUUCAACGUGCCUAUGGAGUGUGUCGGGGAUCUUUUGAUGGUGUGGGAUUUUUGUACUUCUUUUGGGAGGCUGUUGAAUUUAUCUCCUUUCUCCUUAGAAGACUUUGAAAAUUCGCUUUGUUAUAAAGACAGCACUCCAAUCCUUGUUGUGGAAUCUUGUUCAUCUCUUCUUCGCUUACUUGUGAAGGACAACAGUAAGUUCGCGAUGGUGGUAGAAAAUCGAAAAAGGAGACCUAAGAUUACACAGCUUACCUGGAUUGAAUAUCUAUCUGAUUUUUUGGAAACAAUUUCGGCUGCUGAAAUAUCUUCUCACAUAAGUACCAUUAAACGAGGACAUUACGCCUUGUUGGAUAUUCAUAUUAAAUUGGCAAUUUUCCGCGAACUGGUUACUCAUGCACUAGAGACAGAAACUGCAAAGGAGAGGUUGGAUGAGUAUAUUGAAGAAAGACAAGCGCUUUCUGCUACACGGAGGGAUGAAGCACUAGAUGAAGGUAGGAAGAGGAGAGAAGAAAGGGAACGUAGGAAGAUCGAAGCUGCUAGAAAAGGAGUUAAAGAAGAGCAUAAAGUGAAAUAUGGUGAAGGUGCACGCAAUGGAAUUUCUGAUGCGAUAGUUCUUUAUCAAUCAAAUAAUUCAUCCGGAAACAGUGAGAAUGAAGGAGACAGCACGGGUAAGAAAAAUGCUAAGAAACGGAAGCUUCAGAUCACAACCUUUGAAGAUGUCAAUAAUCCAUCUAAGAGGGAUAUCCAUAAGUUGAUGAAAAAUGAGAUUAAGGAAUCAAUAGAGAUGAAGAGUGCUAAAGAAAGGAAAGAAUUUCUUGAAAGGGAGAUCGAGAAGAGAUUUAUACGCACUAGUCCAUUGGGUAAAGACCGAAAUCAUUCCCGGUAUUGGUUUUUUCGGCGUGAUGGGAGGAUAUUUGUUGAGAAUUCUGAAUACACACGGUGGGGUUAUUAUCAAACCACAGAAGAGCUUGAUGCUUUGAUUGGCUCUAUGAAUACAAAAGGUGAGAGGGAGAGAGCCCUGAAAAAGCAGUUGGAGAAGUUCUACAACAAUAUAUGCUCGCAACUACAAACAAGAUCAAGUGAGGCUGUGCAAAGGGAUGAAAUGGAAGAGGCUCUGGUACGGAGGUCAACUCGGGUUCGUGCCCCACCUAGGGAAAAUGCUACGCACUUGUUCCUCAAGUAUGUGAACAAGUGGAAAGAUAUAUAGGCAUUAUUGAUUUGAGGUAUAGAUGCAGCUAACCAUCUGGUUAAGUGGCAAGUAGAAUGUUUGUAGAGUUGCCAUCUUGAAAAGAUAUUGAUGCUUACUGGGAAUAUACAGUAGAUAGAUGAGUUGUAAUUCCCUACACAUUCAUUGUUGGGACAGAAUUUUCGUAAUCUUGGCUUCGACAGCCAUCAUUGGAUGGAAAUUUUGGUAAUAAACCCCUUCAAGAUGGCCCCUCAAUAUGUAGUUGCUGCUAAUCUUGAUAUUUUGUUAAUUACGGUUUAAUUUUGAUUUACCAUGAUUUUACU